AUGGCUGCAACUCUCCGAAACAACCGUCUUCUCGCCAGUCUCCUCGCCACGCUUGGAGCUGGGACCACCAUCUAUGCCUUCACACCACAGGCGACGAUGCUGAAGAAUGACGUCGACUCCGACACGGUCCGCAAAAUCGAGGAGGCCUACAAGAAGCUGAACGGACCCGAGGCCGACAAGUGCAAGUCGCUGCUGAAGAAGCAUCUGACCAAGGAGGUCGUCGACGAUCUCAAGCACAAGAAGACCAAGCUUGGAGCCACGCUGUACGACUGCAUCCGCUCCGGUGUCUUCAAUCUCGACGCUGGUGUCGGAGUGUACGCCCCGGAUGCCGAGUCGUACAAGGUUUUCGCCGGCCUCUUCGACCCGAUCAUCGAGGAGUACCACGGGUUCAAGCCCCAUGAGAAGCAGCCCGCUGUCGACCUGGGCGAGGACAAGAUCCACCAAUUCCCUCCGCUCGACCCUAAGGGCAAGUACAUCAAGUCGACUCGCAUUCGUUGCGGUCGCUCGAUGGCCGGCUACCCGUUCAACCCCUGCUUGAAGCAAGACGACUACCUGGCCAUGGAGGGCAAGGUCAAGAAGGCGUUCGACACGUUCGCCGGCCAGCUGAAGGGCAAAUACUACCCGCUUGACGGCAUGACCAAGGGCGACCAGAACAAGCUCAUCGCCGACCACUUCCUUUUCAAGGAGGGUGAUCGCCAUCUGCAGCACGCCAACGCCUGCAAUUUUUGGCCAAAGGGUCGAGGAAUCUUCCACAACAACGACAAGACCUUCCUGAUCUGGGUGAACGAGGAAGACCACAUGCGCAUCAUCUCGAUGCAGGAGGGCAGUGAUGUUGGCGCCGUGCUGGACCGCCUCGUCAAGGGUGUCAAGCACAUCGAGAAGCAAGUCCCGUUCUCGCGUGACGAGCGCCUCGGAUGGUUGACAUUCUGCCCGACGAACCUCGGAUCCACGGUGCGCGCUUCGGUGCACAUCAAGCUUCCGAAGGUGUCGGCUCGCAAGGACUUCAAGAAAAUCUGCGACAAGCUGAACUUGCAAGUCCGCGGCAUCCACGGUGAACACUCCGAGUCUGAAGGCGGCGUCUACGACAUCUCGAACCGCGCCCGCCUCGGUCUAUCCGAGUACCAGGCCGUCAAGCAGAUGUACGACGGUGUCAAGAAGCUCAUCGAGAUGGAGAAGGAGAUGGAGAAA